AUGGAUCGCUUUGAAAAGGACUUUCCCGCGCCCGUAAAGGGUGCCGUGGUACGUGGCGGCUCACAGCCCCCUACCACCACUACCUCUGCCCAUGCUGGCGCUCGUGCCAGCUCUGUCCCUGGCUCCCCCCCUCCUGGCUUUCAAGCCACGUUCCUGGCUGUCGUCGCGGCCGCCGUCGCCCCUGCCAUCGCCCCCGCCCCCGCCCCCGUCCCGGCCAUCGCCCUGCCACCCCUCCCCCAGAAUGCAACCUGCGCCGCAACGGCCCUCGCUGCCAUGGCACCACAGCGGCCGGCGACUCUCCGGCCGGGCCGUAACCCGACGAACCGGAACCGGGCCAGCAACCUGGAGGCUGAGCUUUCAACGCCCCAGGUUGUAGCCACUGCCAAAGUGGCGCUGGCCCGUGGACGGUUUGUGUUACGGUCCCGGGACGGCUGA